AUGGCAGACCAGGGCGAGGCGGCGAUGAUGCCAAUCCGCUUGCGCACUUCGAUUUCGGGUGCGUCUAUCCCGUAUGUGCCGUACAUGGUACCGACGCAUUGGCGCCGUGCGCAGCUGUCUACGUUGGUGAACAAGGUGCUUGCGAGCGCCGAGGGCGACGCAGGGUGGCAGUCGGUGCCGUUUGAUUUUAUCGCGGACGGCGACCUGCUGCGCAUGAGCUUGGACGAGUAUCUCACUCACACAGGCAAGUCGUCAGAGACGGCGCUCGAGCUUGAGUAUGUGCGCAGUACUUUGCCCCCAAAAUUUAGGGACGCCGCCAAGGCCGACGACUGGGUUGCUUCCGUCGAUGCUCGCAGUCCAGGGCUUGUACUGAGCGCUUCCUACGAUGGAAAUGUGCGGGUAUAUAAAAGUGAUGCACUUGAGAGUCCUCCGAGUGUAUACGAGCCGUCCUACGCGUCCGCAAGCACCUCACUCACUAGUGCGCGCUGGCUCGCGCCGCAGACGCACGCUGCGGUCGUGACUGGCGCAAUGAAUGGCACGGUAGCCGUAUGGCGUAUACCUGGAUCUGAAGCGCAAUCGUACAAGGUAUUUCAUGCGGCAGACUUGCGCCACCACCGUGGGCCCGUCACAAACGUCGAUAGUCAGCGCGCUCUGACAGACAUGAACACGCUGCUCAGUGCGGGAUGGGACGGAUCGAUUGCAAUAUGGGACGUACCGAGUGACGCACAUUUCCCUGCUGCACAGCGCGAGGAGGACGAGGAGCGCAGUAAAAAGCGUCGAGUGCGUAGCGGCGCACAAGCGACAAAAAUGGAAAACGCCGCGACUGUGGAGCCAACCGUAGUAUUGUGGCACGUCGCGCCAGCACUCGGCGAGCCUGCCGCGAAAAUGCUCGGCGCAGUGCAAACGCCGGGAAAUAAUGCGCGCACAUGCGCGAAAUUCGACACGAGCGAGCGCGUAUGGAGCGCAGCAUGGGACGGUUCUGUAAAGUUGUGGGAUUUGACCGCGGGCGCGAUGGCCGGUGAAAAACACACAGACAAGGUGCAUCUCUGUGUGGACCCAUUGCAAGGUGCGCAGCUUGUGACGGGCCAUAUGGACCACAGCAUUGCGAUGUAUGACUUCCGCGAUACCUUGACAAACACGGCAAUUUCAAUCGCAAAUGCACACGCCGCGGCGGUGGGCUCUAUUGCGGCACACCCCACCUCUGCCCACCUGUUUGCAUCAGGUGCAUACGACGGGAAGCUCAAAUUAUGGGAUGCGCGCUCGCCGAAGCAGGCCUUGUUUGCACUCACGCAGCCGAACCAUGUGUCUGGCACCUCGCAUGCACGCGGCGCAGCGAAGAUCCUUGGCCUCGGCUGGAGUGAGGACGGGAACAGUAUUGUAGCAGGCGGAGAAGAUUGCCGCAUUAGCAUAUACCAGGGUUCGAUAGCGUAA